UACUCUCACCGGUCAAGAAUCUAGAUUCAAGAUGGGCUCCUUGUCUCCUCCGGAAGAUCUUCCCUUACUACAGUAUCCUACCGCACGAAGGGACGAGUCGGUUGUUGAUGACUAUCACGGCGUUAAAAUUUCUGAUCCGUAUCGAUGGCUUGAAGAUCCAGAUGCGGACAAAGUUAAAGAUUUCGUCCAGAAGCAAGCGAGUUUGACCGAAUCGCUCUUUCGGACGUGCGAUACGAGGGAGAAGUUGCGCCAACAAAUUACUAGACUCUUCGAUCAUCCACGAUUUGAUGCUCCGUUCAAGAGAGGAAAUAAGUACUUUUACUUCCAUAACACAGGGCUUCAAGCGCAAAACGUCCUCUAUGUACAGGAUAGUUUGGAUGGAAAAGCAGAGGUUUUGCUUGAUCCAAAUGGACUCAGUGAAGACGGAACCGUCGCUCUUAGUACAUCCGCCAUUAGUGAGGAUGCCAAGUAUUUGGCUUAUGGGCUUAGCUCCAGCGGCAGUGAUUGGGUGACUGUUAAAGUUAUGCGGGUUGAGGAUAAGACGGUCGAACCUGAUACUCUAUCCUGGGUUAAGUUCUCCGGUAUUAGUUGGAGUCAUGAUAACAAAGGGUUUUUCUACAGCCGCUAUCCAGCUCCCAAGGAGGGGGAACAGAUAGAUGCUGGGACUGAGACCAAUGCCAACCUUUAUCACGAGCUCUACUAUCAUUUCUUGGGUGCAGACCAAUCCCAAGAUGUUUUGUGUUGGAAGGAUCCUGAAAACCCAAAAUAUCUGUUCGCGGCUGAAGUCAUGGAUGAUGGGAAGUAUGUGCUGCUAUACAUUGAGGAGGGCUGUGAUCCAGUCAACAAACUUUACUAUUGUGACUUGUCUUCACUGAAUAAUGGGCUUGAAGGUUUUAGAGAGAGAAAUGAAAUGCUUCCUUUUACGAAGCUUGUUGACAAUUUUGAAGCAAGUUAUCGAGCUGUUGCAAAUGAUGAUACCUUAUUCACCUUUCUGACUAACAAAGAAGCUCCCAAGUAUAAGUUAGUCCGAGUGGAUCUGAAGGAACCAACUGUUUGGACUGUUGUCCUCCAAGAAUCUGAGAAAGAUGUGCUUGAAGCAGCUUAUGCUGUUAACGAAAACCAAAUUCUGGUCAGUUACUUGAGUGAUGUCAAGUAUGUUCUGCAGGUUAGGGACUUGGAAACAGCUUCAUUGGUUCAUCAUUUGCCAAUUGAUAUUGGCUCAGUUGAUGGGAUCACUGGUAGGCGAAAAGACAGUGAAGUGUUUAUUGAAUUCACUAGCUUCCUCACUCCUGGUAUUAUUUACCAGUGCAACUUAAAAACUGAGGUUCCAGAAAUGAAGAUAUUCCAAGAAAUAGUGGUGCCUGGAUUUGAUCGUUCAGAGUUUCAGGUUAAUCAGGUUUUUGUGGCUAGCAAGGAUGGUACCAAGAUACCAAUGUUCAUUGUAUCAAAGAAUAACAUUCUUCUUGAUGGAUCGAAUCCUUGUUUGUUGUAUGGAUAUGGUGGAUUUAACAUAAGCCUUACACCAUCAUUCAGUGUCAGUCGUAUUGUUCUCUCUAGGCAUCUAGGUGCCGUCUUCUGCAUUGCCAACAUCCGUGGCGGUGGGGAGUAUGGAGAAGAGUGGCACAAAGCCGGCUCACUUAGAAAAAAGCAGAACUGCUUUGAUGACUUUAUUUCUGCAGCAGAAUUUCUUGUGUCCGCAGGUUACACCCAGCCCAAAAAGCUAUGUAUUGAAGGUGGAAGCAAUGGUGGGCUUCUUGUUGCAGCUUGCAUAAAUCAGCGUCCCGAUCUAUGUGGCUGUGCUCUGGCUCAUGUAGGUGUCAUGGAUAUGCUGCGUUUUCACAAGUUCACUAUAGGCCAUGCUUGGACUUCUGAUUAUGGUUGUUCAGAGAAGGAGGAAGAGUUCCAUUGGCUGAUCAAAUACUCGCCACUUCACAAUGUUAGAAGACCAUGGGAACAGAUGCAUGAUAAGACAUGUCAGUACCCAUCUACCAUGCUGUUGACAGCUGACCAUGAUGAUCGUGUUGUGCCAUUACACUCAUUGAAGUUAUUGACAACCAUGCAAUAUAUCCUAUGCACGAGCUUGGAGAAUAGUCCUCAGACCAACCCAAUUGUUGGUCGCAUUGACUGCAAAGCUGGCCAUGGGGCUGGACGGCCUACACAAAAAUUGAUUGAUGAAGCUGCUGACCGGUAUGGUUUCAUGGCUAAAAUGUUGGCUGUGUCCUGGAUUGACUAAACAAACAUCGACUUUAAAUGAACAUCAAGCAAUCAUCAAGGAUAAGCCGAAAGCACAUAUAUUGGCUGUACAAUAGGGUUUGAAGCCCAUUGGUUAUUGUUUUGU